AUGGCACAUAGCAAGACAACUCACACAACAAUUCACGGGGUUCCUUUGGUGGUUACUCCACGGUUGCAUCCAUUGGAAAGAUUAUUUUGGAUAACAACGAUCUUACUUUCGGCAACGGGUGCGGCUUCCUUAAUAGUAUCAAAUUGGCAAAGAUACAAUGCCAAUCCAACCGUCGUUAGUAUACAGAAAGACUUCCGAAACUGGAAUAAUUUGCUGCCCUCUGCAACGGGAUGCUUCAAAACGAAGUACUCUCAGGAGUUGAUGGAUAAUUAUAUCGAGCAGGCUUGGGGAAUCAUGGUGAAUGACACGAAGUACGAGUAUUAUGCGAAAUUUGUUAAAACUGUUGCAAAUGUUUCUUACCACAGUCUUGACGCAUUUGCGAAGUUCGCAUCGGACAAGAAUUUAAAUAAAGUUAACUUGCUCGAGUUAGCUGCAAAGGUUCAUCCCAAGUUAACAGGGACGCUAGUCACGUAUGAUCCGAAGCGCAAAACGGAUUGGAAGCUAAUUAUGGCGGAGCAAGGAAUAUGUUUCACAGUCAAUAAUAAGUUUGCCAACGUGUUGACAUUUAAUGUAGAAGGUGUUAAAGUUAUUGACGACGAUGCCGACGAGACAUUGCUGACCUGUCACUAUUUAAACGGUCUAUGUUACGCUCGAUACGACUCAGAUCCUCAGUCGCACAUAAGCAUAUCCAUGCCCGAACCCGGCUUCGAACCAAAGGACUCUUAG